CCUUGUAGUUGUUCAACAUACCAGCAUACCGGAAACACCAUUGUCAUGCCAGCAGCAAGCUCAUCGUCAACGGUCAAGAGGGUCGGUAAGGAGAACGCGCCGCCGAAGCGGACUGUCAAAGCCCCAAAGGAUGUCGAGGAGGAUGAUGAGCUGGAGCUGUCCAUGGAUAACAGUAUGAGCUCUGAAGACGCACAGAAAUCCAAGACCGACAAGAGAGUCGCGGAGUUGCAGAGGCGGUUGACAGCUAUGACGGCAGAACGUGACAGGAUGAAGACACAGCACGGGACUAUGUCUAAGCAAUUCGAGGAGCUGUCCAAAAUUCGAAAGACCGAGGCGGAAAGUGUAUUUGAGAAAUACAAGGAGAAGGCUGCGAUACAAUCCCAAGCCCAGAACGACAUCAUCAGCAAUCUGACCGCUCUGAACGAUAAACUGCAGGCCAAGGUCUCUUCCCUGGAAACAGCCCUGAUGGAGAUGAGGCAAUCUGAGAAGGUAGAAUCGACGUCAUCCGGACCUCCUGAUCCGAAAGAGAUCAAAGCAUUGAAGGAACAACUAUCAGCGGCGGCAGCGUCUCUCAAACGCAAGGAGGAAAGACUCACUUCCCUUGACAAGGAUUACAAGGCGGAGCAGGAUCACUCGCGCUCUCUACAAGCUCAGCUGCAAGCUGCCAAAUCUGGCACAAAAUUGUCGCAUUCAGUCAGUACCACACCUGACGAAGCCGAGAAGGACGCGGCUUCUCUGCGACUUUACGAGGAUAUGACGGAGAUGGCGAUUGUCAAUGUCAAGGUCGAGCAUGGGGGCAAGGGAGGGAAAGAGAUCAUCUACAAUUGCAUUCAGACGAGGGAGGGGAAGAGUAUCAACUACAAGCUCCGUGCUUACAAUCAAUUGGAUCCCGAGAUCGCAAAGUCUAAAGGCGACAAUCCAUGGGUUCAACGCAUACGAUAUCAUCCAGGUGUCAUGGAUCAAGAAAUUGAUAGGUCUUUCGUCUCUCGACUCGGGGUCUUUGCACAGGAAUUCACGGUCAAGAGGGAAGAGCUGCCGUCCAUGUUCCAGGAGCUCAGGAAGCAGUUUGACAAGCCGGAUGAGAUGGAAUGAGUAAUGAGCCGUCCUAUAGCUUGAGCAGCCUGUUUGUAUGAUCUACGAUGAUGAAUCUAUGCCA